AUGGCGAAAUUAUCUCAGGCGAACCAGAGAAACAAUGCAGAAAGUAGAGGUAUUGAUCAUAACAGUAUGAGCAUCAGUACUACUAGUACUGCGAUUAAUGGUGUUACGAAGUUGAAGAAGCGAACCAGGAGAAGUUUCCCAAGAGACUCGCCUCCACAACGUAGCUCGAUUUAUCGAGGGGUCACCAGGCAUAGGUGGACGGGUCGAUAUGAAGCUCAUCUAUGGGACAAGAAUUGCUGGAAUGAAUCACAACACAAGAAAGGACGCCAAGUCUAUCUUGGGGCUUAUGAUGAUGAAGAAAUUGCAGCACAUGCUUAUGAUUUAGCAGCACUCAAAUACUGGGGUCAAGACACCAUUCUUAACUUUCCGGUAUCGACAUACCAGAAGGAAUUGAGACCUCCGCUGAUGGGAGAGGGCGGAGGUGGCGGCAGUGAUAUUGGCGGGAUCGGCUCAAUCUCUUACAUUGUUCAUUUAUGA